AUGGGCAAGCGCAAGAGCUCAAGCAAGCCCCAAGGGCCUAAGAGGCGCGACCCUCUCCCGACAGUCUUCACAUGCCUCUUUUGCAACCACGAAAAAUCGGUCGAAGUCAAGCUCGACAAGAAGGCUGGUUGCGGGUGGCUUGAUUGCAAAGUCUGCGGGCAAAAGUUCCAAUGCGGCAUCAACUAUUUGUCGUCCCCAAUAGACGUCUACAGCGAGUGGGUCGACGCAGCAGAUGCUGUCGCAGAAGAAGGGCGCGCGAACGAGAAAGCUCGGAACUCUGGCAAAUCGGCUGACCGGGGAGCUGGUCUGUCGAGCCGGAGGAUAGAAGAAGAAGAAGAAGGCGGUUACGAAGGGGACGAUAUCGUUGCCGACGAUGAUGAGUACGACUGA